AUGGACGUCAGAAAUCCGUUGCAGUCAGCAUUGAAAGACAACAGGCCAUAUGCUCUUCAGAAGGCCUUGAAGUCAUUGGGACAGGAGGAUUCGGCCUUGGGCCUCUUCGAUGCCUCGUUGAUUGCCACGGUGCAGCCCGAUGUGGUGAUGGUCAACGCUGCCAUGCGCGGCUACGGCGCAAAGCUCGGGACCUCCGUGCGCAUUUUCGAGGCGAUGUCCCAGUGGACCGUCCAGCCUGAUGUCUUCACGUACAGUGCAGCCAUCAGUUCCUGUGGACAGUGGCAGAUGGCGUUGAAGUUGUUUCACACCCUGCCUGAAGCAAAGAUUCCACCAGAUCUUGUGAGUUUCAGCAGCGUCAUGACUUCCCUCCAGAAGUCUGUUUGUUGGCAAAGGGCCUUCAAACUCUUCGAAGUCAUAAGAGAAUCGCAGAGCGACACGGACGCUGAUGUGGCAGUGAGCGUCAAGGGCCGGGUGGGGCUCGCGUUGGAUUUUGAUUUAACGAAGACUCCAGCGCCGGCUUAUUUGGACACCAAGAAGAAUCUGAGUCGUGAGUACCGUGCGAAUAUUCGAGACUAUCAGAACAUGCUCAUCAACCAGGUGCGCCUCUCCAACGACUUAGAUCCCAGGAGAUGGGAAGGCAACGGCUUUGCCGGCCAUGUGCAGUAUGUGCCCUACAUUGGCACCGACCUCUUGCGACCCGGGGAGAAGAUGGAGCGCGACAUGCAGGCGCGAAAAUGGGCUGGUUGGUGGGUUGCUGGUUGGAAAAUGGGCUGA